AGAAAUGAGAGAGUACUGGAACUCAUUUGCUUCACUUCUAGGGGUGUUGGCCUUUUGCCAAAGCCUCCUCCAACUCAUUUUCCCACCCCAACUCCGCUUUCUCUGUCUCAAAUUCUUCAACCGUAUCUUCCAUUUGUUCUCUUCCUACUGCUACUUCGACAUCACUGAAAUCGACGGCGUUAACACCAACGAACUCUAUAACGCUGUCCAACUCUAUCUCAGCUCCUUUGUUUCCAUCAAUGGCAGCCGUUUGAGCCUCACUCGCGCUCUCAAUUCGAGCGCCAUUACCUUCGGCCUCUCCAACAAUGACUGCAUCGUCGAUACGUUCAGUGGUGUCACCGUGCUUUGGGAACACGUUGUGAUCCAAAGGCAAUCCCAGACCUUUUCUUGGCGACCAUUGCCGGAAGAGAAAAGAGGUUUCACUCUCCGAAUCAAGAAGAAAAACAAGUCCUUGAUUCUUGAUUCCUACCUGGAUUACAUAAUGGAGAGGUCUAAUGAAAUCCGAAGGAAGAACCAAGACAGGCUUUUGUACACCAAUUCUCGUGGUGGGUCUUUGGAUUCCAGGGGACAUCCUUGGGAGUCCGUUCCAUUUAAGCAUCCAAGCACCUUUGACACAUUGGCUAUGCAUCCCCAGAAGAAGCAAGAGAUCAUGGAUGAUCUUGAGGAUUUCGCCAACGGUCAGUCCUUUUACCAGAAGACUGGGAGAGCCUGGAAGCGGGGUUACUUGCUCUACGGUCCGCCAGGGACUGGGAAAUCCAGCAUGAUUGCAGCCAUGGCAAAUUACUUAAGCUAUGAUAUCUAUGAUCUUGAAUUGACUGAGGUCCAUAAUAAUUCUGAGCUGAGGACACUGUUGAUGAAAACAAGCUCCAAAUCCAUCAUUGUGAUUGAAGAUAUUGAUUGUUCAGUCAAUUUGACUAACAGGAAGAAGAAUAACAAAAGGAACUACUGUGAUCCUGAAGUGAGAUGUGGGUCAGGUUCUGCAUGUGGUGGUGAAGAUGGAGGAAACUCCAUCACUCUUUCAGGGCUGCUGAAUUUCACUGAUGGGCUAUGGUCUUGUUGUGGGAGUGAAAGGAUUUUCGUCUUCACCACAAACCACAUUGAGAAACUUGACCCUGCAUUGCUCAGAAGUGGGAGGAUGGAUAUGCACAUUUACAUGAGCUACUGUUCAUAUCCUGCAUUGAAGAUAUUGCUGAAGAAUUAUUUGGGGUACGAGGAAAGUGAUUUGGAUUACCAUGUUUUGAAGGAACUGUCGGAUGUAGUUGACAAGGCAGAGAUGACACCUGCUGAUAUCAGCGAAGUUUUAAUCAAGAACCGCAACUACAAGCAAAAGGCUGUCACUGAAUUGUUGGAGGCCAUGAAGACCCGGGCUGACAGGAAUUUCAAGUGUGGGAGUUUGAGGGACAAAAUUUCAGAUGAAGAAGAACAGGAGAAAAGGGCUUUGGAAACUCCUAAUGAAGGGUCUGAAUUUGAAGAGCCUUGCAAGGAAGGAGAGAAUAAGGAGAAAAAGAAAUCAUAGAAAAGGAACAGAUUUGUUCUUUGGAGUUGUUGGACUAACCAAAGAUGUUCCAAAUUUUGUCCGUGGGGAUGUAGGGAGAAUUGAGGAGGAUUGGGCUUCCAUUAUCAUACGACUCAUGUGUGCUACUCUAUCAUCAUCCAUCUUAUGAGUAGUUUAAUAUUGAAUUUAAUAUUAUAUAUGAAGCCAUGAUAAGAUUACUGGCAUUAUUGAUAUGGAUGUGGUUGGUCAUGUGGGAUCUUCUCUGUGUUCUUAUUCUUCUGCACAUACUUACCACAAGCUUCCAUUGCACAUGCCUCAUGGUUAUUGGGGUGGCAACUGUUCAUAGUUUAGUGCAUCUUUGCCUUUAAAUUAAGAACAAAAUCAACUUCAUUCA